AUGGCCUACCCUCCUACGCCGGAGCCUGCGAUGGAUGCUCAACCAUCUGCGCCGCCCGCAGCCGAUGACGACGUGCCCGAGCCGGCCGCCAAACGUCAGCGCUCCAGCGACGACAGCGCUGCGAACCCCGAGCAACCGCCCACCAGUAAUGGCUCGGGCGCGGCGAAUGGGAGCGGCAGCACUGCCACCGCUGCUGGACCCCCUUCGAGCACGCGCCUGUAUUCCUGCGGCAAGUGCUCCAAGAGCUAUGCCCGCCUCGAUCAUCUCUCGCGCCAUGUGCGCAUGCAUACGCAGGAGAAGCCUUACCAGUGUCAGAUCUGUACCAAAGCCUUCGCGCGAGCGGAUCUGCUCAAGCGACACACCCUGGGCCACAGCAAAGAUGAUCCCCAGGCCAAGCCCACCAUCAUUCAACACAGCCGCGUCUCCCAGGCCUGCGAAGCCUGCGCUGGAUUACAUCUGAAGUGCGAGGAAGAGAAGCCUUGCAAGCGUUGCACCAAGAAGGGCAUUCAGUGCAACUUUACCCCCAACUUUGCCCCCAACGAGAUGCAUCGACAGUCGCCGCCAGAGAAUCACUUCAUGCCGGACCAGCAGCGCUACGGCGAGAGCGUCCAGCAUGUGCAAACCAUGGGCCCAAUGACCCCCAUGCAUCCAGUUCAAACUCCCCAAAUGCAGCAUCGUAAUUCGUUUGGUCCCCCAGGGCCGCUUCCUGCCAUGCAGAUGGCCGACCAAGCUCAACCGCCACCGGCUCAGAUGGGGAUGGAGGGAUCGAUGAUGCCGCCGCAUACGCCGAACGGCGCCAACAUGUUCGACUAUCUUAGAGAUAAGAUGAUGCCGCAUACCAGUCAACCAAACGGAAACGUUCAAGUCAUCGACUACCAGGCUGGACCGUGGACUCCAAGGGAACUAUUCGACUUUGGCGUUGACACCAACAUGGAACUCAACGACCUGGACCUCAGCUUCUUGGACACCUACAACAAUGCCAAUCCCUUUGACUUGCGCACUCCCAGUAUAGGGUUUCCGACGACAGGUUCGGAUAUCAUGCCUAGCUUCACGUCUGCGCCAGCGCCACCGAUGGACACUACCGCUUUGCCUAAGGCGUCCGUAUGGCGGUUCCGUCCACUGUCCAAAGACUCUGGCAGUGCUGAACAAGAGAACCUCUCACUCCCGACACCGACGAGUCUGGAUAUUGAUCGUCGAGUGACGUGCGAACCUUUGUCUCAGACCUCGAGGGACAGGAUCCUGGCCAUGAUCUUAAGCACGUGCAAGCCAAAUAGCAUCCCUCGAGCGGUUGCUUGUUUCCCUUCGAUAGGCUUGCUCGAUAGCUUGUUCCAAUUCUCGUUAACGUCGCCUGGGUCACACGCUAAGCACUGGAUACAUGCGUCGACGUUACUGACCGGUCAAACCAGGCCCGAAGUACUUGCUGCCAUCGUAGCUGCUGGUGCCGUCCUGACACCUGACUCGUCCAUAAGGAAGCUGGGCUAUGCGAUCCAAGAAGCAAUCAGGACUGCGAUUCAAGUCCAACUGGAGGAUGAUAACACCAUGAUGCGAGACCUCCAGAUUAUGCAGGCGUCGUUACUGCAGCUCAAAAUCGGCUUGUGGAGCGGCGACUCCCGCAAGAUGGAGCUUGCUGAGGGAUUUCAGCAGAAUUUGGUAACCAUGGCGCGAAGAGGGGGCUUGUUCCGCCGCGGUACUUACGAGCGUAUUGUGCCGUAUGCUGAAGAUCAAGGCGACAUCCUCGAAAGUAAAUGGCGGCAAUGGGUGAAGCAAGAGUCGCGAAAGCGGUUCGCUUUGCACUUAUUCCGCCACGACCUUGAAUCUUCGGUGUCUCUUCUCAGCAGCCCGCUUAUCUCCUAUGCAGAGCUCUACCUACCCUUGCCAGAGUCAGAGAACUUGUGGCACUCACCCUCUGCCGAGUCGUGGAAAGCCACGUACAUGCGCAAUGCAGGUCCACGGCAUGACCGGCAACCUUCACUGGUCGACUGCAUUCAGGAUCUGGACAUCCUCGCUGUUCGAGACAUCUUCAUUGAUCAACGACAAGCGUCGAUGGCCGUUCUUGGUGCUGCUUGGAGGAUGAUCUGGGAGUAUCGACAACUCGACUCCUCGAUGAAGGACUACAACAACCAAUGGAGCAGUGGAAACCUCCUGAUGAACACUCGCCAUGCCGAGCUGACGAAGCUUCUACAAUGCUUCCGCAUCAGCUCUGUUGAAGAUACUAAAGUCACGCUCAUCGUCGAGCUAUUACUAAUGCAUCUUCACCUAUCACUGGAUGAUGUCCACCUCUUCGCCGGCGUUGAAGGUGAAGAAGAAUCUCGAAGAGUAUACCCAUCUCUUGUGCAGUGGACACGCACCACAAUGGCACGACAGGCGCUCUGGCACGCCGGUCAAGUCCUGCGCGCAGCUAGGAACUUACGGCCUGGACUGACCUGCGACUUUGCCGCUAUCGCCGUUUACCAAGCCAGCUUGGCUUUCUGGUCGUAUGGCAUCAUCACACGAGCCACAGAGCCAGGCCCGCUGGUCAACAAUAGCCCCACCGCGUUCCUCGAUGGCGGUGAUGACAACAUCGUCAAGCGAUGGAUCAACAGCGGCAAAGGCAAUGCCGCUAUCCGCACAUGGACCAUCAAGCCGCCUGCAGAGGGCGCUGCCAUGGUUGCGAACCCGGACGAUGUUGUGGGUGCGGUCGUCACUACCAUGCGGCGCAAUCACAAUGAGACCAGGAAUCCUCCGCUUGUUGACAAUCUGAUCAAUAUUAUGGAGGGGCUGCGCAAGGCAGCGAGGACGUGA